AAAGGGGAGGAAACAGAGGAAGCAAGCGGGGCAGGCUUCGGCUCGGAGGUCAGCACCAUGUCAUGAUCUCGCUACAAGACUGGGUUUGGACACUUUCCCCUCCCGACCAAACUGACAGCGUCGUUUGUUCUACCUGGGAAAAGGCUGGCGCUGCCGAGCUCUUUUGUGCAAGUCCACUUGCUCCUCAAUCCUCCUCCAACAUCCUUCAACAUUCUCUCGAGUGAGGGAGACACUUCAUUACAGUAGUUCGUUUUGGGUUGUGGGUUGAGAGAGAGAGAGAGGUGGAGGGGAGAGAGCAGAGGGCAUGCGAGAGAGAGAGGAAGAGAGGUGGUGAUAGAACUGGAUUGAGGUCGUAGGGAAGAAGCAGUUUGAUAGCUUCGUGAAUCUGAAAGAAAUCGGCACGUGGAAAAGGCACAGCAUGCUCUUCUGAUCUGUAGAGUGCUUUCAGAAUAACGUCUGGGAGCCAUGGCAUCUCAGUCUUGGAUCAGAGGGAAUUUGCUCGGUGCAGGCGCUUUUGGAAGCGUGAACCUUGCGAUUAAUAGAGAGAAUGGGGAAGUAUUUGCGGUGAAGUCGGUGCAGGUGAAAGUGCGCUACGCAGGAUCAGAAGCUGCUGUGAGAGCAAUCGAGAAUGAGAUUGAUAUGUUGCAGAGACUGGAUUCCAAGUAUGUUGUGCGUUGCUUGGGCAGUGAUUGGACUGAAGAGGGUGGCCAAUUGAUGCGCAACUUGUUUUUGGAGUACAUGCCCGAAGGCUGCUUGACAGAUUUCGUGAAGCAGUUCACGAGCUCCGGGGCUUUGGACGAGCAAUUGCUGCGGACGUACACGCGCAGUAUCGUGGAGGGAAUUGAUUACCUGCACAGCAAUGGAAUCGUGCACUGCGAUAUCAAGGGGAAGAACAUAUUGAUUGGAAAUGGAAACGUGAAGUUGACAGAUUUUGGAUCCUCCAAGAGAGUCGGCGCUAAGGUUGAGAGCGACGUCAUGAAUUGCGCAGCCAAGGUCAAUGGCACGCCGUUGUGGAUGGCACCCGAGGUUGUAAGGCAGGUUGAGCAAGGCCCCCCGUCGGAUAUCUGGUCCUUGGGAUGCACUGUGGUGGAAAUGGCCACCGGGAGAGCUCCAUGGAGCCACUUCGCCAACCACUUCGCAGCCCUUUACCACAUUGGUUGCACUGAUCAGCUCCCCGAAGUGCCGGCUUCGCUCUCCGCGGAAGCACACGACUUCUUGUCUCACUGUUUCCAGCGGGAUUCUUCCAAGAGAUGGACCAGCGCACAGCUGCUCCAGCACCCUUUUCUAACCUCCCGAUUUGUGCCAUCUCCUAUUGCUGUGAAAGCUCCCGCGUCUCCAAUUAACUUAACACAUUUCUCAGCACUUUCUGACAGCGAUCCAUGUGUGUCCUUUGAGGACUCUGUUCUGACCCUUGCUGCGCCCGCGCCUUCUCUUUCCAAACGAGGAUUGGUUAGUGCGCAACCCGAGGCGCAAAAAUGGGUUGAGGAAAAUUGGUGGAGCACCCCUGCCAGCCCUGAUUCCGGGCCAUGGAUUGUGGUGCGAUCGCCGCGAAGCUCCUUUUCUCCUUCCAUCGUGUCCCCAGAUACGGAAAGCUCAACCUCGUCCAUUGAAACCCCAAUUGUGGGCCGGGAUACCGAGGUCUGUGAGAUCAGCUGUGAUAUCGAGGUCUCGGAGAUUUCAACGGAGGGGAGCACCUCGGCUUCGUCACUUCACGUUUCAAUAUGUUUUGGAGCCCCCUCUUCACUGGGAGCUGUAGUUGGUGUUUCCUACGCUGAAAACUCUUUACUCGUGAGCCAUUUCGACAUUACCGAAACGGAUUUCGGCUUUAUGCCAAGAGGAGAAACUAGUGCAGCUUUUCAUUGCCGUAGCUUGUCGGCGUCGGAGAAGUCUGUGUCAUACUCCGAGGAGGGAGAAUCCCCCAGUACUUAUUGGAAUUCACAACUCAGUACUGUAAUCAGCACCAUUAGUGACUCAUAUUUCAAGUAUCGAAAAGUUUACCAGUCUAAUGCGCAGAUUCUCCAUCACUGGUAUCACGUCCUGAUUAGAGGUGGCUUACGCAGAAGCAAUAGGGACUUUGAAUGUUGGAAAUCUGAUCAUACUGAUCACUUCAUGUCACAAAUUCCAUAUUUAGCACCAUUGAAUCUUCAAAAACAUUUUCCCUUGCAUUUCUAUUGCAUUCUCUCCCCUGUUUGCGUGUUCAACUUGACCUGUUUGGUUGUAUCGGAUGUCAACGAACUAUGUGGGAAAUUUUUUCUAGCUUCUGAGGAGCUUCCUCUUGUGGAAUUUGCAAAAGUCACCAGUCUAACACUCCACUGUUGUCACCAUCGUCGUCACAGUUCUUGGUAUGCUUCAGCCCAUCCACAUUUCAGUUCCUCAACUCUUGUAGCCUUCAUCGCAAACUGA